GUUAAGAAGAUAAACCAAGGGUUUUUAUGGUUAUCUUAGUAAUAAAAUGAGUUUAAAGGGUAGAUUGGUUGGUUUUGAAGGGAGAUCUAGUUUUUUAUUGAAAGAGGAAAAAAGUCUAUGGAGAGGGAUGAAAUGGCAAUAUUUUUUGUUUAAAAGGACAAAUUUCGUAUUGAGAAGAGGAAGAGAAUGUUUUUCAUCUUUGAAUGAGAAAAAAAGAGUGGAAUUUGAGGGAAAAAAAGGGAAAAAACGAGAAAGUAGUUAUUUUUUGAAAAAUAUAGUUAAAAGGGAUUAUUACCAGACGAUUUUGUCACGAAAGCAUUCAUAUACUAUGUUAAAAAUGAUUGGAAUUGAUUUAUUUAAAAUAAGGGGAAUUUUUUGUAAUUUUGGAGUGUUUUAUAAAAGUCGAAAUUUUGUAGCUAAUUAUUCCGAAUUGUCAUCAUAUAAAUUUCCAUUAGGAGCAUCAUCUAUUAGUGAAACAUAUAAUCCUACGAAAGAGACGUUAUUGUAUAAUACAUCGGGGUUUUUUGAACGUUUAAAAAUUAGAAUGAAAUAUCGUUUAAUGAGACAAAUACGCCCAUUUAACGUUGAUGAUAUUAGUGCAUUAUUUACAUGGCUUAUUGCAUGUAAUAUUCUUUGGGUUAUUAUUGGUACAACUACGUUUUUUUCUUUGGUCUUAGCAGCAGUAAAUAGUGUUUUUGCACAAGAAUAUCUAGCUACUAAGAUUGGUGAAUAUCUUACUAAAGAGACGGGUAUUACAGUGUUAUUUGAGUCAUCCAUUGUUCCAAAGUGGAAAGAUGGAACGAUUUCCUUUAGAAAUGUCUUUAUUUCUAGGAAUCCAUAUAAUCAAAAUUUGAAAAAUAAUGUUAGAAAAGGGUUGAUUUCAGAAAUACCUAGCGUAAUAACUGAAGAUAUUACUAAUUCUUUUAAAUUUAAGUCUGAAGAAAAAUCGAAUUAUACACAAUUUUAUUUAAUAAUUGAAAAUAUUGAUGUAGUUUUUUCAUUUGUAAAAUGGUUUAGUGGAACGGGUAUUAUUAAAGACAUAGAUAUAAGGGGUGUUAGAGGUAUUAUAGAUGGUUCAAAUAUUUGUCUAGAUAAAGAUGCGCCACCUCUAGAUUUAAAAUCUUUUAGAAAAAAUCGUCAAUUAAGUGAUUUUGAAAUUGAAAAUGUUCGACUUAAAAAUGUUUUAGUAACAGUUUUCCAAUCUAAAAACUUUCGGCCAUUUACUGUUAGUAUUUAUAAUUGUGAGCUUCCAAGGCUUAGGAAACAAUGGUUAUUGUAUGAUAUUUUAAAUGCAAAUACGAUAUCUGGUUCUUAUGAUAAUUCUCUUUUUACGUUGCAUCCACAUCAAACAUUUCUUAGUGAUAUAAAUGAAAAAAAGGGCAAGGAAGUUAGGAAAACUCGCCUUCGAAUAGAUAAUGUAAAUAUAGAUCAUAUAAAUAAAGGCGUUGAAGGGCCCAUUGGAUGGAUCACUUAUGGAUAUGUUGAUUUCAUUUUAGAUUUUGUAUUUCCUAAUGAAAACGAGAAUAUAAAUUUUAUGAAAGUUAUGCAUAAUAUUAUUGAUAAUGUUGAGACUACAUUUAUGCAGCAAGAAAACGAAAGUGAAAAAGACAGAUUUAUAUUACAAGAUACAGCAAACGAAACAUCCUCUGAAUCACUACAAGAAUUAGUUCAAACUGGAAAUUUUAAAAAUUCACAAUUUGCUAGUACUAAAGAUAUUAUGAUUGAUAUUAAAGUAGUAUUACAUGGAGUGAAAGCAAAUGUUCCAUUAUUUACAAAACAAUUAUCAUAUGUUAGUAAUGCACUUAUUCGUCCUAUUGUGGCAUAUAUUAAUUCACAUAAUACAUACAUACCCAUUGCUUGUAAAGUAAUAAAAAAUUUGGAUGAUUUUAAUGGUAGCUGGACUAUUUAUGAUAGCGAGCUAAUAAAUGAUCUUUCAAAGGAGAUAUAUAAUGCAUUUGCCAAUAUUGUAGUGGAUCAAGAUGUUAAGCGACAUUAUAUACGAACUGUUUCAGCCUGGUCAUUUGAAAUGGCCAUUCAUGCAUUUUUAACAAGUUUAAUCGGCAUUAUUCAUCCAGUAUAAAUUCGUUCUUGAUAUAAUAACAUUCUAUAAUUUAUAAAAUUAU